UUAUGACAACGUGGUCAUGUAGCUAACUUAGCUAGCUAGCCAAACUGUCAGUAACACAGAUACUUCCUUUGUGCCAUUUAGGGAUAAUGUCAAGGAGGAAAGGUAGCCUACUGUAAAAGCCAAAAAACCUUAGACAGUUUUUUAAAUGUUCAAAUGUGCCCAGCAUUCCAAGGCUUGUUGCAAGAUUCAGUAGCCAAUCAGGACUUGAAUACAAGUUUUUUGUAGAGUGCAUAUUAUUUAUUAUAGUGAUAUUAUUUAUUUUAAUUUAAUUUAUUUUGGUGUUUUUGAAAACACAGCAUUCCAAGACUGUACAUUGUUGUCAGAUUCUUUGUAAGACUCUGCUAUGCUGUAAAUAGUUGUUGAUUUUUUAAAAUGUGUGUUGAAUAAAUAACUUAUUUAUAACAACAUUCACAUUACGUAGCACUAUUUUCAAAUCUCCAGUCAGCUUUUAGCACUGACUUAAUGUAGGGCCCGAUGGAAUCUGUGUUAUAGCUUUUUUAAAUUCUCAAUUCCGCGAUUCCGUUCGUGAUUCUGUUAUCACAGAAACUAUAGGGCCCUACCUUAAUGCUGCCAUCAGUCUGUCGCUGGCCCGCACCGGGCCCCCGUCAAAAAAGACACUUGGCUGCCGGCCCGCGCCAGGCCGCCGGGCCCUGUCAAAAGAUACUUGCCACUGGGCCUAACAACUUUUCUGGGGGAAACCCUGGCAUGGGGUAUUUUAGAUAACAUCUUGCUUAAAACGUACAAUUUACAGUCUAUUCUUUCGGAGUUGACCAUGCCUUGCAGGGUAUCAAAAAAGUGACAGUGACUGCCUCAUUGAGAUUCAUGUCAGCUGAGGUUCAGAUAUUAUGCUUGCUUGUUUCUGAAUAUGUCCAGUUCCUGUUCCUUAGUUGCAUGCGAAAAUAAAUCACUAAUUUUGAAACCGUACCUUGUUAAAACACUUUUUUUGUGAUUAUAAUGGUAAAAAAAUGAUUUAACUUUAAUCUACAAUAAAGAACAAUAUCUUAUCUCCUGUGGGGCUGUUACGCAUUGUAAAGCCGUUGUUAUUCAGGUUGAUUCUUUGCCUGCCUAUCAUCUUGUUCCGCGUUAUAAAGGAAGUCCUCUAAAACCCACCAAACUGCUUCCUGUAUCACUUGCCAAGUAGAAGACAAUGACGUCUUUUCUUUUGUCCGUUUGCUGGUGAACUUCUGCCUCAUUUAAAUGUUUUUGACACAUUUGACGGUUUGAUGUAUUCCGCUCUGAAGGCUGACCCAAUGAGCAAGGUAGCUUUUCUGUGCCUGGUGUGUUUUCAGACAUCGUGGGCCCAUCGGCAAUCACAGGAACAUGUACCUCUGCGCUUCGCUGCGAUUGGAGACUGGGGGGGUCUUCCGUUAGCCCCAUAUUUCACCUACCUGGAGAGUUCCAAUGCUGCUGAACUGGGACGAGUGGCUCAGACCACAGGCCUAGACUUCAUUCUGAGUCUGGGUGACCACUUCUAUUACCAUGGAGUGAAAAGUGUAGAGGACAUUCGCUUCAAGGUUACUUUUGAAAAGGUAUUUUCUCACCCUUCGCUACUUGACGUCCCGUGGUACCUCCUGGCGGGAAAUCACGAUCACUUGAGAAACGUCUCAGCGCAGAUAGUUUACUCUGAAAGAUCUGAGAGAUGGCACUUCCCUGAGCUGUACUAUGAGCUGAGCUUCAAGGUUCCACACAGCAAUGCGUCAGUGACUAUCCUCAUGACUGACACUGUGGUGCUGUGUGGAAACACCUAUGACGGGAUUCAGCCUGUAGGACCAGAGGACUUAGAGGCGGCUGCCAAGCAACUGGAGUGGAUUAACACAAGCCUAGCAAACACCAAGUCUGAGUUUGUUGUGGUCGCUGGGCACUACCCCGUGUGGUCAGUGGGCCACCAUGGCCCCACGCAGUGCCUGGUGAAGAAGCUGAGGCCCCUGCUGAAGAAACAUAACGUCACAGCGUACCUGUGCGGCCAUGACCACAGCCUACAGUUCAUCCAGGAGGAUGAUGGGAGCGCGUAUAUCGUCAGCGGAAGUGGGAAUUUCGAGGACACAUCCACAGACCACUGGAAGAGUUUCCCUGCCUCCUGGCUACAGUUCUCCAGCGCUGUCAACGACACACGAGGUGGCUUCGCUUACUUUGAGGUCACUUCAGAAACUAUGUCCAUCAGUUACCUCCAAGCAGAUGGUAAAUGUGUAUAUCAAACUACUUUGCAGAAGCGCAGAGUUUGACAGAGGCCAAGGAGAAUUCAACUCUGGUCAAUAUUAUAACACGCUUUCACAGGUCUUUAAUCUUUUUUCAUGCUGAGGAUAAUAUGGCUAAAUGCAUAUACAUAAUUAUAACACGAGGGGACCAAUAUGUUUUAAAUGUAGGUACUGUGGUGACUAGUUGAACUUCUUUGAGAAUGUACUUCUUUAUUACUGGCAACACACACCAGCUUUCAGCCUUACUCAGUUUAUGCCCCAAACCUAACAGAAAAAAACAGUCAAUAGCACAAUGAGAACAUUUAUGCAUUUUGAGAUUUACGACUAAUUUACAUCUGAUUUACAUGUAACAUAAUUCAACCACUUAAUCAGAGACUCCAGACAGAAAUACUGUAGUUGAAAUGCAAAGACUCUACCUACUCUCCAUAACCUACUCUCAGUUAUUUCUAUUUUAAGAAUACAUUUAUGAUAUAUCACAAUUAUCAACAUGAGAAAAUAUUCUUUUUAAAAUAGUAUACUUAUAUCUGCACUAGAAAAAAUUGUGUGGCUUCACAGCUAACAUUCAAUUAAAAAAAAAUUUAAUCAAGGAAGGAAUUCUAGUGAAUAGUGUAAAAAAUGAUGAAGCUUUCCCAUACCUUGAUAUGUGCCUUAAAGAUGACAGAAUUUGCUGCUACAAAAUAUCCUCAUUUUGACCUUCAAACCAGUUGAAGUGCGUCCUGCCUUACAAUGCAUUAAUAUUACAUGUUAUUCAGUGACACAAUUUUUGAUGUUUUGCCUUUGUACUCAGCACAUUGGAUUUGAAAUGAAACAAUGAAUAAGAAAAUGUUAAAGUUAAGACUGCUAGCUUUAAUUUUCAGGCAACUGCAUCCAUAUUGGGUGAAUCAUGUAAGAAUUGCUGCCCUUCUUAUACAUAGUCCUUUCAUUUUUGGGGACCGAAAGUAAUUGCACAGUUGGCUGCUCUGCUGUUUCUUGGCCAGCUGUGUGCUAUUGCAACAUGCACAAGAAAGCUAACAAAACCUCUAGAGUUGAUUCUAGGUGUGGCAUUUGCAUUUAGAGUAUGUUGCUGUUGUCUCUGAACAUGAGGACCAAAAGAAGUGUCAAUGCCAGUAAAGUAGACCAUCAUUGGGUGGAAAAACCAGAAUAAAUUGAUCAGAGACAUAGCCAACACAUUGGAUGUGUACAUUGUUACAAAGCAAGAACGCAUUGCUGUGCUCAGCAGUAGCAAGCAACCUAGUAGACCACAGAAGUCCACUGUAGUGGAUUACAAAAGAAUACUUUUGAGUUGUGAAGGAAAAACUCCUUUUCAACUGUCAAACAGAUCUGGAACACUCUCCAUGAUGUAGACAUAGAUGCGUCAAAGACUGAAAUAAAGAUAAGGUUACACCAGUAUAACCCCAGGGGGUUCAAAUGCAAAAAAAACUGGUUAGCCUCAAGAACAGAACAGCCAGGUUAGUUUGCUAAAAAAGUACAUUAAAGGAACUGUAGGGUUCUGGUACAAACAGUUGUGGACAGAUGAGCUGAGUGUUAACCUGUACUAAAGUGAUGGAAAGAAAAAUGUGUGGAGAAAAGGAAAUGCUCAUGAUCCAAAGCAUACCAUCUCAUCUUUGAAAGAACACUCAACCUGAAUCCCAGUGAACGUUCAUUUCACUUGCUGAAAAGACUGAUGACAAAAAAGCCCCCAAAACAAACAGGAAUUGAAACUGGCAACAGUACAGCCUUGGCAGAGCAUCACCAGGGAAGAUACCCAACUUCCGGUGAUGUCUAUGGGUCACAGACUUAAGGCAAUUAUUGAAUGCAAAGAAUUUGCAACCAAGUACAAAACCUUCAACCUCAUCCAAGCCAUUAAAAACUGUGUCUACUAAAGGUUAAGUCCAAAACCACCUUUGGUCAAAACAAGGUACAUGUAAGCUUAUAUUUUGCACAGACAUUUUGUUGGAUUUCAACCCACGUGUCGUUUAAGAACUUGGGCAGUUCAACCCUUUGCACUAGACAUGUGGUUAUGAAAAUGUUUAUUUGUAAAUAUACAAAUUAGAUAGCCAUCCAGGUAAUACUGGUAGACUCACCUUUUUGGCUUUUCACUAUUUUUGUAAAUACAAUUCAUUACGUUUUAAAGGGCUUCCCAUGCAAUACCUCCAUCUUGUCUGUUUGCAGUAAGAGAGGCAUUAAAUAUAACCACUAUGGCACCUUGUAUUUAAUGCCAAGGAAAAAAUGUAAGCAUGCAUAUGUUAAAACCAUCUUCAAUAUCAAAAUAUAACCAACAUUAUGAGAAA